AUGAACCAAAGUGACAAAGGAGGCAAACUCCCUAAGAAGGUGACUUUCUUACUUUUACUUACUUAAUUAUCUGGUGUUUAAGGUGUCUAGUGCCGCAGCCCAAAAGGGCCUAUGGCAAAACUGAUGACGUAGGCGAGCCAUCUUGGCACGGGUCAGCCCCGUCCAAGCCUUCUAUCAACUCCUGCUUCACCGGCCUUGCUACACGUCUCACCCGGCGCGUUGCCGUCGCCCUUGUCGCUCGACUCAGCUCCUGCGCGUGUUCCGCCUAAGGGUCAUCCUCCCGUGGGGAUGUGCUGAGAGGUAAAAGCCCGAAAUCUUGAGUGGACUGAGGAGUGGUUCCUCUCUGGUUACCUCCAAAGUUAAACCGCUAUUGCUGUCCAGAAGUCUUCGAGUGAAAACCUAACCCUAUAAAUAAAAUUCCAUGAGGGAGAGGAAAUUAGCAGAGCUAAUUGCUCUCGAACCGAAUGCCAUUUUAUUUAUAAGAAGGUGACUUUCAAGUAGAGAGGCCGCUGGUCCAAAAAAGACGAAGAUGGACGCAAAAGAGUCGCCACAGCUGAAGAUCUUCAAAAACUCAGCCGAUUUCGCACCUUUAUGGAAGUUCUCAUCAAAAGCGUGGACCCAUUCACCACUGAAGAUAUCGAAAUUGCCCUCUCUCAAGUGUCAGAACAAACUGGAGGCCAGAUUUCCAAAAAUGAAUGCAAGGAACUCUUUCAGGAAUUCAUUCUUGACCCUCACAAGCACAAAAAAAGUAAGAGAUAAGCAGAGUUUGCGGAAAGUAAAAAGCGAUUUGAUUUGGUUUGGAAUCGAGAAGACAUAGAGCAAGAGGAGCUGGCUAAUUCUAGGUUUCAAAUUUAUAACACAUACACCCCUGUAUCAAAAAGUACCUUGGAUAUUCUAGAUUUCUUGAAAGAGGUUCAAGCGAAUCCUUCUCCCAAUCAUUUCAGUAGAAGAGAAAUUAUAAAGAGGGCUCAAGAGUUAUCAAAAUCCCCUAUGCCACAAUUUCCUAGUUAUAGAUCAGUAGCUAAACAAAUUGUGCCUGAAAUAGUAGCCCUUGACCCACCUAUUGACGAUGAGCUUGGAAAUCAGGAUAAAAUCACCCUACUAAGGGCGAUCCAAAAACAUUUGGGAGACUGGGAUAAGAUUUUAAAAGAAUUCAAAGAUAAGCCACCUGCGCUAUCUUUACUAAAGCAAACUUGGAGAAGACUUAAAGCUACAAUGAGAGAAGAAGUCAGAGAAAUCCAAAAGAAAUGGCCCCAAUAUCAUUAUGUUAAAUGGAUCAGAGCUGCUGUAAGGAAGCUUGAGCAGCUUGAUGGAAAAAAACUGAAAAAUCGGCCACCGCCUAUUAUUGAUGCGACUCAAAGUGAGAAACGCUUAGAUAUCUUGAAUAUGAUGGCUGAUGCUGAUGAAAACCCACCAAAAGGGUUUCAAGGAAUUUCUGAAGAGAUUUCAUUUUCAAGAUCAAGCUCAUUUAAAAAAUUUGAAAAAAGCCCAUGCCUUUCAGCAAAAGAUGAAUCUCCGUUUUCACCUGUGCCAAUUAUGGUUGAGAUUGAUAGUGCAAAAUUGAUUGAUAAGAUUUAG